AUGUUUCGACUUUUUGUGAUGAUUGCGAUACUUUUUGUGCUGAUCAACGCGAAAUUGCUAAGAAUUCCACUGCACAAAACAAAUUCUACUCGAAGAUCAAUUGGCAUCGAUCAUCGAUGGAGUCGUUCGGCUUUUAGCGUUGUAAGAGAAUAUUUGAUUAAUGAUAUAGAUUCUGCAUACUAUGGCAUUAUCUCAAUUGGAACUCCACCACAGGAAUUUAAAGUACUUUUCGCCACUAGUUCUCCACAUUUCUGGGUACCAUCUAUAAAUUGCGAUGAUUUCUCUACUUGCUACAAAUAUAAUAAAUAUGACGGAAUUAAAUCGAACACAUACGUACAAGAUGAUACUCCAGUGGAUAUUGAAUACAAUAGUGGUGAUUUGUCUGGAUAUUUAUCUUGUGAUACAAUGAAUAUUGCGGGUCUUAACGUUCCACAUCAAAUAUUUGUGGAAGCAACAAGGAUACAGCGAUAUAGUUCUCAUUCGGUGGAAUACGAUGGUAUCUUAGGAAUGUGUUACCCCAUAAGAACUGCUGAAGGAACGAUUCCUGUUCUUACAAACAUGAAUCAACAAAAUUUGUUAUCGAGACCCGUUUUUAGUUUCUAUCUAAAGCGAUAUUCUUCACCAGUUGAUAGUGAAUUAAUAAUCGGUGGCUCUGACCCCGAUCUUUACGAUGGCGAGCUUACGUAUGUUCCUGUUACCAACGAUGGAUACUGGCACUUUAAGAUAAAUCGAAUUUAUAUAGGACAUAGCAAUAUAUCCUUAUGUAAUUGUGAAGCUAUCGUCGACACAAGCACUUCCUACAUAAUUGGACCGUCAAGGGAAAUCGAAGCUAUUAACAGAUACAUAGGACUUGAAAUUAAUAGAGUAACAAUUAUAAAGUGCGGCAAGAUUUAUAAUUUGCCCAGUAUCUACUUCGACUUAGGUGGUAAACCAUUCGAACUUACUAGUGAAGAUUAUGUUAUUAAGAUCAAACGAUAUAAUCAAACUAUAUGUAUGAGCGCAUUUAAGGAUACGGUUUUGUAUGAGAACAGUCCGGUGUGGAUUUUAGGUAAUGCAUUUCUUCGUCGGUACUAUACGGAGUUCGAUAUGAGGAACAAUCAAGUGGGAUUUGCUGCUGCAAAAUAA